GUCAGACUAUGAGACAGUUCUCACAGAACUCUCACCACCCAGUUCAACAUGUGGACACUUAUACUCGUCUUGUCCAGUCUAUUCCCAGCUGGAACUGCUGCUGUAACUACAGUAACUGGAUACAAGGGCCGUUCAGUUCAGAUCAGAUGCCCCUAUAAGUCUGGAUAUGAAACCCACUUGAAGUACCUCUGCAGAGGAGAAUGUUAUACUUUCCAGACUAAAAACAUCCCUGUUGAUUCUAAAACUGCUAAAGAUGAGAGAUUCUCUCUGAAUGAUGACACAGCAGCCAGAGUCUUCACUGUCACCAUCACUGAUCUGAGAUCAGAGGAUGGAGGAAAAUACUGGUGUGCGACACAGCAGAAAGUUCCACUUUCUGUCUGUGACAGUGAGGAGAUUAAAGACACCAGAAGUGAUUCUGUCUCAGAUGCUGGAGCUCCUACAGCCUACUCUACUGUCAAUCUACCCACAAACCCCUGUGAUUCCUCCCAAACUGUUUAUGCCAACACCCAUUUAUCCACAAACCCCUGUAAUUUUUCAUAUGCUGUUUCUGCUACUGCUCCACUACCAUCAAACUCUCCUGAUCAGAACACUUACGGUAUGGCUCUUUUACCCAAAAUAUACUCUGAUUCCUCAGUGUGUGAUACAAAUCAGUCUGAAGGGUUGUUUGCUGAAGCUCAAACUUAUACAUCAGUUUUAUAAGAAUGCACACAAUUUUAAUGAUGCUGUGACCAGUGAGACCUCCAAGGAGGACUCGUGUGAAUAUUCCACUGUUAAUCAUGUCACAGGAUGGGUCUAGGCUUGCAUUCUUUCAUGUUUUUAUGAAG